CGCAACAUCCCUGGGAAGCGAGGUCCUUUGUGGAGUCCUGGACACGGGGAUCGAUGAGAGACGUCUGCAGUCCGCACCACGCCCAUGUCGGGGGUGGUUCAACGUGACUCACCCUCUGCCGGGCAUGCGGAAACCCCAUGGAAACGCACCCACGAGGAAUUCUACAUUCAUGGGUGUCCCUGUCGAAAGCUCAACGUGCGCAGACGAGUUGCCCAGGAGGGAAUUUUCGGGGCGACGUGACUAACGUCCUAUUGGGGAUACAGAAUUUCGGAAAUCCCGGAUUCCCGUUGGCAUCGUCCUCGUAUUCCGCCGAAUUCUCUUCCCAGUUGGAGGGGAAACUACGGCUUCCGGCUGGUAACCGAGUGAACGAGGGACGUAGUACAUGACUCAUGGCUCGUGAGUAGCGGUCCCGGUAUUCUACUCGAUUUACCGAGAAAUCGACUACUCGGGUGCUCUUCGGCGUCAUGAAUCAUUACCAUGAAUCGCCGCGACCCGUGGAAAUGGCCCACUGAUCCAAUCACUCGUUUGAGUCAUGAAUCGAGAUCGGGAAAUAUUAAUAAGGUCAGGUAAUCCUCAAUUAUGUCUCCUCCCGGCGUCGAUUUUUCAGUUAAUGAAAUCAGUCAGUGAAUGAUUGUAUAAUUUGCAUAUUCUCCCUCCAGAGGUCUGGCGAUCGGCAGAAUUCUCCGAGUCGCCCCUCGCGCAACACGGUUCGAAGCGACUCAGCACAUUUUCGAAUCGUCGAGCGCAAUUAAGCCGUCGUUAUGAAAUUUGUUUGCGAACUGCCGCGUCGACAAUGGCGUGCGUUCCGUUAACGCGUGAUCCGGUGUUUGGGAUUGCGUCGCGUACUCGACGGAUUCGGAAUGAUCCGCUUUGGUAGAUUGCAUUAACGAUGUUUUGCAGAGUAAGAUUUUCGCACGGUUACGAUGGUUAAGAUCGACGAUUUGGGCAACUUCUUCGGGAAAGAAAUUGGAGGGUGACUUUUAAGUUCUUUCGCUCCUUAAAGUUGGAUGGCAUCGGAGUGAGGUACAGGAUGCAGGAAUGCAGCUUGGAUGCAUUAUGGAUGUAGCAUUUUCAUGUAGAUUGUGACGCCGGUGACGUCAUCGGCGGGUGAAUCAUCAACCACGGGAGAGAUGAACGGAGGGGUCGAAGCACAGAUUUUGUACCCAGUAUGGGAUAUAUCUAAUUCUGCGUCAGAAAUUUAAUUUGCCUUCUAGAAGUGUAUAUUCGGCUGAUAGGAAAUCAUUGUAUCAUUACAUUUUUUACGGUAAUAUGAAAUUGCGUUUGGCCUGUAGUUACCUACAUUCGGUUAGCCUCGGCCGAUGAAGGCUGCUGCGUCAUCUGACAGCGGAAAGUCGAACUUCGAAGAAAAACAACCGGGCAUCGAUAGAGCUGCCAAUCAACGCGCUGGUUGGAGAGGUAUCUGGCGUCAUCGUGACAGGACAACAGAAUUCUAGCUUUGACAGAUAAACAUGCGUUGUUCAGGUGCAAAAAGAUAGACGGAGGAUGUUUCAAGCCAGAACGUGCCGUUGCUGAAAUCUAAGGUUAGGAGGUGAACCGUUUUAGGAUGACACAAGCAAACAGGAAGAGAGGCCGAAGUGCAGAGGAAGAUGCCAGCGAGUUUAUGCCACUCAGCAAGAGGAUAAAUAAUCUACACAUCAAUGGCUUCCCAGGAUUACAGGAGAGAGCCCUGGAGAAGAUGGAUUCCGACUGGGGAGAUCGAAACUUUGCUCCGUCUCCGAACAACUCGGAACCGUCGCAAGGAUCGUCCUCCUGCGACGGAUGCAGCUCUAGCCAAAGCAGCUACACGGCAGAGUACAGGCCAGACCUUGAUGCCAACGACAAUCCCUUUUAUUACGAGAACAACAAAUUGCUCUAUUCCUUAUACAUGGAGCGUAUGCAACGGUCGUCAGAACUUUAUUGACGAUGGAUCGGUUAGAUAGCGCAGAAAAGAUAUGUCGAGAUCUCGGUGCUUUCUCAUGGUGUAGCUCUGCAAUUUUCAGCAGAGCAGAAUAAUUCAAUUUCUGAGUGGCACAGAUCAUACGGUGCGAGGAUCUCUCCUAUGUAGAAUAUUAUUAGGCAAUUAAAUGUUGUGAAAAUUCCUCUCGAACGUUACUCAUAGGCAGGCUUUAAAAUGUUAUUUAAGAAUCAGAAAUCAUAUGUAAAAUUAUCACCGCUACAGCGGUAUAUCGCGUAGUAUUAAUUUUCAUACCGAAUUCUCAUCUAAUACGAUCGAGUUUAUUUUUGCACAACUUCGUCGAUGCGGAGUCCAUGUCAUAGCAAAUCUAUACAAGAUUUGACAAUCGAUUAUUUGCAGGACAUUUAACACGACUAUGACAUCGCUCAUCGAAAAGCAUUCUUAGAUUCGCUGCAUAUACAUAAUUGUAUUUAUAAUAUCCUAGCGUUUAUCAAUGAUACGUGCACUCGACAUUUAACAUGAUUCACGAUGCUGUUUUAUAAUUCUAAAUACGUUCUAUAAUGUGAAAUUAAAGACGUGCUCCUGUGAUCGCAGUUUGCACAUUUCCGUGUAGAUCUUCCGCAUAGAUCUUACUUAAGUCAGCCCGUCGUCUAAAAUAUAACAUCCGAUACCAAAUUAACGAGGAUUUUCAGUAAACGGAGAGUUAAAAUGUCA